UUGUUCUCGAUGUGUUUGGUCUUUGAAUGUUUGCCGGGUUUAGCACUCAACGAGGUGGCUCCUUCAUUGUCGCCAAGCAUGAGCGUCACUGGAUGCGACCAAGCCAGCUCUUUGCAUAAGCCCUGUAGCCACAGGAUGUCCUUCGCGGCUUCAGACAUGGCCACAUACUCUGCCUCACAGGUGCUCAUUGCAUUGAUCUCCUGCUUCCUGGAGGCGUAUGAGAUCACGUGUCCAUCGAGCAUCGUCGCGUAG